AUGAGGUUUGAAGCCAGACAUCAAUAUUUCAAGACAGUAGCAAGAAUCACCAAUAACUAUAUUAAUAUUUGUCAGACUUUGGCAAAGAGGAAUCAGCAAUGCUGGGAGUGGCAGCCUGAACGGAUCAUCAGGAGUGAUCAUACACAAGCAGCAGUUAAUAACUUAUCACUUCAAGAACUUCCAGUGAACUUGCAGAUUUGUUUGCAGAACUUGGAGACAGCCGUUACUGUGGAUGAGAAACUCUGGACGAGUAAAUGCAUCAUUUUAAACUCUGUAAAAUAUGCAGUUGGAGAUUUCUUCAUUUUGGAACUUGUGCAUGCAGAGCAAAUUCCACUGUUUGUGAAAAUAGACCUGAUUGUGUAUAUCAGGGCAAACUGGUUUCUUGUUGGAAGACUUUUCACAACACUGGAGUUUAUAAGACACCUUCAAUCAUACCACAUCAGAGAGACUGAUGAUCUGUUGAUAUUCAAGCCUGGGGAUGAGGUAGACUUUCAUGCUUUGGACGCAUACAGAUGUGAUGGUCAAGACUUCAUUACACUGAUCCACCGACCUUUUAAGGCAGUCCAUACCAAAGUUAGUGGAAGGCAACACAAAGAAAAGCAUACUGUGCCAGCACUCCAACCUAUGUUUAACUGCAAAGUGCAGUUUCCUCCAGCUGUGCUCACUGCGUUGACCAAUAAAGAUGCAGCACUAAAGUCACCCACCAAGAACAGACUCAAAAACAUGCUUAUUCAAGCACUGUUUGACCACUUGAGUAAUGAGACAAUGUAUCCCUCUCAUGUGCAGUAUGUAGAGCUUCUGAGGACUGUCCUUCUGAGUUUUCCUUUUUUGAAGGAGAGUUAUGGCUCUGGAUAUGAUGCUCUGCAUGAGUCUCUCAGGAACAAGUUUAAAAAGGAAAGAAGACCACUAGUAGACAUAGAGGAAAUUGAAAAAAUGAGACAGAAAUACUCAGUUCCAAAUUCAGGAAGAAAAAGAUCAUCAGAUGUCCAGCCCUGUAUCCUUUUGAAAAAAACCAAGGAUAUCAAUCCUUUUGACGAUGGGGCGGAUGAAAGGAGCACCGACCAACAUGUAUCAGUGAUUAAGCAAGAGUGCCAAAAAACUAGGCCAAAUGUGGAUGUCAUUCGAACGCACCUCAGGAAAAUACAGAAGUACAGAACACACUACAUUCUUCAGCAUACUACUGAAGAGGUUCUAUGA